CUAGCUAAAAUAAUAAGCUAUUACAUCGGCUAUGUCUACUCUGAUUCCCCCAUUAGAGCAUAAAUCAGUGAAGGCUAAGCUCUCAUCAUUGAGAUUCUCUAUCGAACAAACAGAAGUUCUCCGUGAGAAGCAGUCAGCUAUCACCACUCAUCUUCAAGCCACUGAGAAUGAUCCCCUCUUCCAAUUGGACCCUGAAUUCCCAUCAUCUUUGGACUGGUUCAACUCAAAACCUCUGUCUUUUUCGAAGGAGCUAGCUGGGAAGAUUGUGGUGUUGGAUUUCUUCACCUACUGUUGUAUCAAUUGUGUGCAUAUUCUCCCCGAUUUGGAGAGAUUGGAACGUAUCUAUUCUCCGUCCGAUGGUGUGGUUAUCGUCGGUGUACACUCGGCCAAGUUUGGUAAUGAGAAGGUGUCGGACAACAUUCAAAAUGCCAUUGAGAGGUAUGGUAUCAAACAUCCAGUUGUGAAUGAUGUCAACAUUGAACUCUGGGAGAGGCUAGGAAUAACUUGCUGGCCCACUCUGGUAAUUAUCGGUCCUAAUCGACAACUACUGCAUUACAUCAUUGGAGAGGGGCAUGCCGACGAGUUCCACAUCGUCAUGGAUACAGUCGUUGCGUACUACAAGGACAGGUUGAACCUCGAUGACAUUCCGCUGGGGAUGGGGGUAACAAAGAUGGAGGCUCCCUCCUCGCUCGGUUUAAAGUACCCGGGAAAAGUUUGCUUAAGUGAGGAGAGAGGUGUCUUAUUCAUUUCAGACUCCAGCAACCAUCACAUCUUAUCUGUGGAGAAGACAAGUGGAAGUGUUGCUGGUAUCUACGGUAGUGGUGUGGCAGGUCUAAAGGACGGGGGUAAGGGAGAGUGUCAGUUCAACUCCCCUCAGGGAAUACUCUGUCACCAGGGAGCACUCUAUGUGGCCGAUACCAACAACCAUGCCAUUAGGAAGAUUGACUUGGCUGCUGAUACUGUUACCACAAUAGCCGGAACUGGUUGCCAAGGCAGCGACAAGGAGGGAGGGGCAGUGGGCACGGCUCAGGAAAUAUCUUCUCCGUGGGACCUUGAACUAGGGACAUCCCCUAACUCUGACCACCCUAAUCUGCUGUUCAUUGCUAUGGCAGGCUCUCACCAAAUUUGGAUACACUUCUUGGAAGAUGCAGACUGGACUAAAGGAAGGCACUACUCUGCCGGGACCACACUCCGUUUCUCCGGCUCAGGGGAUGAGGCAAACAAGAACAACUCGUAUCCUCACAAAGCGGCCUUUGCUCAACCCUCUGGACUCACACUGGGUGGAGGGGGUAACCUGUACAUUGCCGACAGUGAGAGCUCUACUGUGCGCUGCGUAGGUGUUCCAGAGGGCGGGACUAAGGCCUUGGUUGGAGGAGCUAUUGACCCUACGGAUUUGUUUGCCUAUGGUGACAAGGACGGAAAGGGUCGAGAUGCUCGACUACAGCACCCACUGGGAGUGGUCUGGAAUCAACAGGACAGUAGACUCUAUGUGGCUGACUCAUACAACCACAAGAUCAAGGUGAUUGACCCCGCUACAAAAUACUGCACCACUCUGGCAGGCACUGGGACAGCUGGUCUCGUCAACGGAGCUACUUCGCAUGCUCAGUUCUCAGAGCCGGGUGGAUUGUGUCUUGGGCCAGAGGGAAAGUCCCUAUUGGUAGCCGACACCAACAAUCAUGUGAUACGAGUGGUAGAUCUGGACACCAAACAAGUGACUCAGAUGGAUCUGCACUUCCCGGCAGCACCUGUCAAGCGGUUGACUGGGAGAAGAGCCGUCAAUGUGAACUAUGAUCCAAUUUCUGUUCCUAAAAGAGGCUUGGUUACCAUAGUUAUACAAUUCCGCCCACCCCCCACUUGUCAUUGGACGGAGGACGCACCCAGUGCCUGGCAAAUUCUAACAGAUCAACCGAGUGUGUACAGCCUUGUCCCUGAUCAAGCUACCACUGGCAGUGUUAGUGCUGGAGCAGUGAUCAAAAUGACCACCCAGUUUGAUGCCCCAGACAGCCCAGCAGACAUUGAUUUUCAGGUUGAGGCAGCUUGCUACUACUGUGAGGAGUCUGGUGUUUGUCACAUGACUGGAGCCGUCCUGACAAUCCCGCUAGUCCCUGAUGAGUCAUGUGACACUGCAGAGGUGAAUACGUCCAUAACCUACCAGCCCACAUUAUCAUGACUUUGAACAAUACUAAAUCAAAUGCUCUAGUUCGUGUUAUUUUACAGUAAUUUGGCAGUUUUAAGUAUUUCAAUCAAGUUUUCACAUGCAUGCUUACGACUGAUUUGUAUUUACUAACAUUUUGGUUUUAAUACAAUAAAGUUUUUGUGAAUUUCACAA